CAGCUCAUUCGAAAGAAAAGAAUGACUACAGAAUUAUGCGAGCGUGUGAAGGCCCGUCUGGUCGAAAGUGGACAAGAAGAACUGCUUAAAGAAAGUUUGAAAACGAAACUUGCCUCGUGUGGAUGGAGAGAUGAGUUGAAGGCCGAGGCAAGGAAAUUGAUUAGAGACCGAGGCCUAACAAAUGUUACGAUAGAUGAGCUUCAUGCCCAUCUGAUGCCCAAAGCGCGAAGUACAAUUCCGGACCAGAUAAAAAAAGAGGUCUUUUAUGAGCUUCGCGAAUUCGUAAGGCAUAGCUGUAACAUUCACCCAUAAGGGACGCUCACUCUUUCACAACACGAAAUAUAAGGACGACUAAAGCAGGACUAAAUGAAAACUAAAUAUGUAAAUAUUUAUUCGAGUAAAUAUAUACACAAAUAAGUACUAAACGAACUGUGUUUUUAUUUACUAAUGAUAAAAUAAAAAUAAGUUAUAGAUCUCCAUGCGAUUUUAUCUUCUUCUUAUGAGGAUCCGAUGAUUUGAAGUUCACACUUGAACCUAUAGUCCAGGGUAGUGCAAUGCGUACUGCACAGC